AUGAAAAUUUUACCAAAUUAUUUGGUUGUUGCGCAAUACCUCACUCCCUCUCAACUCCCGCCGCUGGCUUCUUCUUCUGGACUCCUUUCUCUGAAAAUGAGGGUUUGGUUUUAUUUAUAUAAGGUGUUUGUCUGGUGCUACCCUAUACCCUUAAAAGAGGAGUUGACCAAACAGAGUUAUGAGGAGAAAGUCCAUGUCAUGAAUGUGUGUAUCAACUUUUGCAUUCAUCACAUUAAUACUUCAACCCUUGGUGCCCGGUUCACGUCAAGUGUUUCUGAUCUAAAAAGGCAUUUUCUGAUUCACACUGGGGAGAGACACUUAGUGUGCGCACAUGAAGGCUGUGGUAAGAUUUUCAGCAUUAGGCCUCUUUGCCCCUCCGAUUUGCAUCAACUACGGAAUCGUUUGCAUAAUGGUCGAAAAAAUAUAUGA